AUUUAUGAUUGACAAGUAAAAUUUAAUAUAAUUCUAUCAAUGCUAUCAAUCCAAUUUUUACCCAGAUUCUUCCAUCUACAGUUGUUAUUUUUCAGAAAGGUUUUUUUUUAUUGAUUUGCCUUUUAGAACCUUGUGCUUAAAGGCAAUGCAUUUUUACUAAAGUACAUUGUAUACUUUUUUUGUCCUUGCAUUCUUUGAUUCAUGUAAAUUGUGCAGCAUGACAGACGCCAAACAGUUCUAUGCAAAAUGGAAGUGUGCGUCAAAGUAACAGGCGAGAGGGUACGACAACUGUCAAAAUAUUUAAAAAUAUGGCAUAUUAUAGAUCUAAAAAAAUGGCAUUUGGCAACUUUGACCAAACUGUAUGUAUUAAAAGUAAAAUUAAAGAACUACAUAGAUUUGUGUUAACAUUCCAAUUUUUUACUACAAAUUAAAAGUUUGUGAUAAUUUACAUAUUCGGUUGCAUGUGUUGCUGCAGGAUGUACGUGUCAGUCGUCAAUCAUCUGUUGUCUUUUUGAGAAUGAAUUUUCCUGUAAACCAUGAAUAUUAAUCGUAUUAAAAUUAAAAGACAUGUUUACCAGUAACCACACAUCACCCUACUGUCUUUUUGCUGCUGAUGAGGACACACCAAGAUCUGUUGUGAAGCAACGACCAAAAGGUUCAACUUGGAUUAUGGAUUACAUUGACAAUGAGACCUUCCUGGACGACUGGAGCUACUUCUAUUACUACUACUCCUAUGAUUACGACCAAGGCAGACAUGAUCCUGGCUGCUACAGAAGUCUAGUUAGACUAGCAGCAUCAGUAUCUUCUGCCAGCGUCGGAUUGCCUUCUGUCUUUAUAACCAUUUUUGCCCUAAAUUCUCUGACAAAAACAGAUGAGGCCGCUCCUGUCUACAUCAUCAACCUUUUAAUAUCUGACAUUAUUCAGCUUUGCUUCAUGAUUAUCAAAGCAUUACCAUGGGAUAUUGAUCUUUGUUUUGCAAUAUCUUACAUUCAAUACUAUGGUGUGAUGGUCAGCAUCUGCUUCAUGGUGGUUAUCUCCUUGGAAAGGUAAAUAUCUCUGUAUGUCUCCUGCUAUUGGUGACCCAUUCAAAUGAAAUUUGUUUUUGUCUGCAGGUAUUUGUUAAUCAAUCAGCCAGUGUGGUACACAUUCAUAGGAAAUGUCAGAACAUCCAGAAUUGUCUGUGUCGGGAUCUGGUUCCUUCCUCUUCUGGACCUCCCGAUCUAUUUUCAUGCUGGUGACCAUGGUAACUUCAUUAGAGCUUUAAUGAUGCUCAUUCCUGUCCCUCUGUUCAUCUUUUUCCUGUUUGAGACUCUGAAGACAUUAAACAGACCGUGCAGCAUUCCCACAGACGAAAAGCAGAGAAUUGUAGUAUUUCUGGGGCUAGUUUUGAUCAUCUAUGUAAUAAUAUUCUUUCCAUACAUUGUUUUCUGUUUAUCCCAAUCAUCUAAUCAACAAUUUGAAGAUGCAGUUUUCAUUCUUUUGUAUUUAAAUCCCUGGACAGACUUUCUUAUGUGUGUUUCUAUUAGGAAAAAAUUGUGUGACAAACUUUUGGCUUUUCUGUGUUGCAAACGGGGCCAUCAGGAUUCUAACCCAACUCUAGAAAAUGACACACAGUCAAGCAAUCAGAUGCAGACUGUGUGAAGUUGUGUACACACCAGGCAUGUGAUGCGCAAUCAUGAACAUGCUAAACAGGGAAUCUUGAACACGUUUUUAAGAUGUUUUGCUUACACUGGACUGUUGCUACCUGAUACUGGCACAUGUUCAUAGUUGGAGGACACCUUUUGCAAAAUGUCAACGCAGUGCAAAUCUGGCUCCAGGCUUUUACCUUCACAGGUUUACAGCGGUAAAUGAAAGAUGUGGUGUCAUAUAAUUCUGGCUGGACAAAAAACACAAUUGUUAUUUCUUCUCUAUGAUCAAUUUUCAAACAGUUGGCACUUCAGAGUUUUGAAAAGAACGUUACCUAUAAUUGUCUUUAAAAAAUCAUAGUGACUAAUCUUCAUUUCUAUAGUUGUUAGUUUUAUUUCUUCAUGGAAGGAACUUAACAGAAUCUUAUUUUUUUUUAGCUUUAACUGUUAUAUUUUUCCUUAACUACAGUUUAUUGUGUGUAUUCAAUGCUUACUCUAAAAUGUACUGUAUUUAUUGUAAAUCAGAUUAACUGGACUCUUGUAGC